UUCCCGCCUUCAGAAGAGAAGCGACGCCAAGCCGGAGAAAGAAUGGGGUGGGAAGACGAAAUCGACGUCGACGAUUCCGAUCUCCCCUCCCUCCUCCUCCAACCUCCCGCUUUCCCCUCCUCUUCUUCCUCUAACCCAAGUCGCACCCCCUCGAUCCGUUCUCUCCGCCCUUGCUCCCAAUUCUCUUGCCCUUCCCAAACCCUCGCCUCCAAUUCUCCUCCUCCUCCUCCUCCUCCCUCCCCCCAUCGUAUCCAAUCUCCAACCCUCGUUUCCGAGGGCCAAGAAGACGAGGCCCCCCCGAGGAGCACAACCGUCCCGCCGCGCCUUAUUCCCGGCCCCGCUGGUGCCGUUCAAGCCGCCAUGCACCGGAAAUCCGCCACCGCGGCCGGUGCCGCAGCCAGGGCACCUGGAAGCGCUUCUUGUUGGGAGGACCUGGACCAGGAUGGUGGGAUGUUGGAUAUGGAUGAGGAAGAUGGGGAUUUCAAGCUUAACCCUUGGCUCUGCGCCAUGGAAUUUCUUGGAUCAGGGGCAGGCUGUUCUUUGGUGUCGCCGAUCAGUUCGAUUAUGAUGCGGUCUGUGGAGCGAGUACCUCAGGUGGUAGGCAUUAUCAAAUCCUGCACUCCAAAUGGGCUUGGUGAUCUAUCUUUAACUCUGAAGGAUCCAACAGGCACGAUUGGUGCUUCAGUCCAUCGGAAGGUCCUCACAGAGAGCAACCUUGGCAGUGAGAUAUCUGUUGGAUGUGUACUCAUCCUGGAGCAGGUAGUUGCCUUCUGCCCAGCUCAUGCAAUGCGUUAUCUCAAUGUGACAAUGAACAAUGUGGUGAAGCUAAUCAAUAAGGACUGUGGCCCCCCUCAUAAGCAAGUGAUGCCUUCAUUUACAGAACUCUUAUCAAGGCAUGGGAUUGAAAGUUCUGCUGACGAGGAAGUAACAAGGGAUUUGAAUUGUGAAAAGAUGAUGAAUAGCCGAAAGACAGGCACUGCUGAAAACCUGCCAUGUAGCACUAGUGCCACUGCCACGACCACACAAAUGUCUUCCAGACCUGGCUUUUGCCUUGGAAGGGGCGUGGAAAUUGGGCUGAGGGCAGCAGCAAUAAAGCCAUCUCCUAGGGAUGGAGGUGAAAAUACUGCUGCUGAGGAAGUGAGAGGAAAUUUCAACUGCAGAAUGAUGAUGGAUAGUAGAAUGACAGGUCUUGCUGGAAACAUGCCAUGCAGCACCAGUGCUGCAGCGGCCAUGGCAGUUAUACCUGCCAAGCCUGACCCGAAAACAAAUGGACCUAAAAACCUGAUUUCAAGAGUUUCAGUUGCAGAGUGGACUGAUGAACAACUGCUGGAGUUAUUUGCUGAUUAUCAAGAUGAUGCUCAAUUACUUCAUCCCUGUAUUUGACACAUGCAAGCCACUGGUUUGACCUUAUUGCAUCAAGACUUUGGGGAGAGCUAAUGUGGUGGAGGGAGAAGCAUCCAUCCGGUCAUCGGGACGCCAUGAGAAGACCUGCAAGAAAAGUCCACUCGAGGGGGUACUCUGGUAGAGGACCUUCUGAUGCUUAAGUCGGUUGAAGCUUGAGCAUAGUAAGAGAAAGAGUUCUAGUCUAAUAUGGCAUAAUAUAGCAUUAUGUGUGUAUACCUUUUAGGAUCCCCUUAUUACUUUUAUAUAGAGAGCUACCAGAGUAUAUUAUGUCUGAACCUAU